AUGCUUCCCUUUAAAGCGCUCCUAAUCUGUGCCAAAAGGAGUCCACACUAUAUGCCAAAGAAGUUCGUGACCACAAAAGCCAUACAAUUAAUACCGACAGUGCGAUCGAGUCCGUGGGUUCGCGUCAAUUCAAACGCCUAUUUCAGAGCCUUUCUCGUCGACGAGUGCACUACUCUUCCCGAACUCUUCUCCAAAAUACUCAAACAAUUCCCACAGAAAUACGGUUUUGGUUUCCGUGAGAUCAUAGAUGAGGAGAAGCAGUGCCUGCCCGACGGCCGAGUGCUUAAGAAAGUCAAGUUAAGUGACUAUAAGUGGUUCCGAUGCGAAGAAAUUGACGCCAAAAUCGAUCUCAUUUCCAAAGGCUUUCUGUUCAUCGGAAUCAAACCCAAAGACAUUGUCUUGAUUUUGGCCGAAACCAGACUCGAGUGGAUGCUGUCGUUUCAGUCACUCUUAAGGCUUGGAUCCACUGUCGCCACACUUUACUCCACAUUAGCUCCGGAAGGCAUACUUCAUGGCAUCAAUGAGACAGAAGUGUCUCAUUUGAUCACAAAUUAUGAUGUGUUGAGUAAAUUGAGUCCAAUUCUGGAAAAGAUGCCGAAAAUUAAAUGCAUUGUAUAUAUGGAGGGACCCAAAGAGCUCGAUAUCAACAAACUCUUCACUGUUCUGGUCUCUGUAUCUCAAGCGAAGAUAAGCAACAGAGUUCUCAACCCGUUUCUUUUGUUUGUGAACUUUCCGUCACUAGGGCCUCGGCUACUAUGCCGACAACAGUACAUAUGGAGCCCCUCCACGGGUGUCCCCAAAGGAGUGAACAUUUCGCACUCAAACAUCUUAUCUGCGAUUAAAGGCUUCAAUUCGAUGCUAACUGUUCUCGAAGAGGACGACCUAUACUGCGCUUACCUACCGAUGGCUCACAUCAUGGAAAUGGUGGUCCAGAUGUUGUUUAUGGCCAAUGGUUUGCCGAUUGGUUUCGCCACCACUAAUACACUGACUGAUCAGUCAAAUGGCCUCAUGAAGGGAACCAAAGGAGACCUCACUCUACUUAAGCCGACAGUUAUGCCGGCCGUUCCCCUCGUGUUAGACAGACUCCGGAUCGGCAUCGAAGCCAUUGCCCACCGAAAUGCGAUCACAAAAUUAAUUUUCAACUUUUUCUACCACCAGAAAGAGUUUUGGACUAAAUAUGGAUUCAAGACUCCAAUCAUUAACUAUAUAUUCUGUAAUCGAUUCAAAUCUGUUUUGGGAGGAAAAGUGCGAUUUGUAGCCAGUGGUGGGGCACCCCUUUCCCCCUAUACCCACCAAUUCAUUCGCAAUUGCUUUAAUGUGAUACUAAUUCAGGGCUAUGGUCUGACGGAGACGUGUGCGGCCGGCACUGCCAACGACUUGGAUGACACGAGCGUCGGGUUUGUGGGCCCACCCCUCGAAGGGAUUCAAAUUAAAUUAGUGGAUUGGGUUGAAGGCAACUAUAAGUUGGAUGACCAGCCAAACCCCAGAGGAGAGGUGGUGAUCGGCGGCAAUAAUGUGGCCAAAGGUUACUUCAAAAACGACAAAUUGACUGAAGAGUCGUUUAAAGUGGAGGACGGCGUCCGUUGGUUCUACACGGGAGACAUCGCUGAGAUAUAUCGCGACGGAAACGUCAAAAUAAUUGACCGCAAAAAGGAUAUCAUAAAACUGUCGAAAGGAGAAUACAUAUCAUUAGCUAAAGUCGAAGAGAGCCUUAAGAAGGAUGACUUUGUGGACAAUUUGUGUGUUUAUGGGAAUCCAAUGUAUGAUUAUUUGGUGGCACUAAUUAUGCCAAAUAAACCGGAAUUGAAAGCAUUGGCUAAUAGUUUAUCCAAACCUGAGUUGAGUUUUGUGGAGUUGUGUAAAGACAAUGAUAUCAAUGCAAAGAUUUUG